AUGCACGAACGAUUUCCCAAAAGGUAUGUGAGAGAUAUGCAAAAUCCAAUAGAUUCCUACAGUGACAAAGAGUUCAAAAACAGAUUCAGGUUUGUAAAUAUUUUCUUUAUUGAAUGUUUAAUGCCUCUCAUAUUUAAUGAAAUUGAAGCUGUUACUACAAUGAGGGGUUUACCAGUUCCUCAACUUAUUAAACUUUUAGCAGUAUUACGAUUUUAUGGAACAGGAAACAUUCAAUUAGUUUCGGGUGAUUUGGUUAGAAUUAGUCAACCAUCAAUAAGCUUUGUUGGUGUUGAUGGAACAGUAGAUUGUACUCACAUCCCAAUACAAAGUCCUGGAGGAGACCAAGCUGAAAAUUUUAGGAACAAGAAAGGUAUAUUUUCAAUCAACGUACAAAUUGUUAGUGGCCCUAAAUGUGAGAUCUUAGAUAUUGUUGCAAGAUGGCCUGGUUCUGUUCACGACAGUCGUAUUUUUAGCAACAGCAAUGUCAAUAUGAUGUACGAACAAAAGCAAUUACCAGGAUGCCUUUUAAGUGAUGGUGGUUAUCCACAAUUGCAAUAUUUAUUUACUCCAAUCAGAAAUCCACAAACUAUAGCAGAAGAGAGAUAUAACAAAGCCCAUAUUGCAACAAGAAAUACCGUAGAAAGAUUAAAUGACAUACUAAAAAGAAGUUCUUCAUAA